UUGGAGGCUGAGAAGGGAACAUAAAAAAAAACUCCUCCUUCUUGCCCUCUAUAAUCGCCUAGAGUGAGCGCGCGCGCCGAUUUCCUAUGCACGGCUUUGUUUCCGAAAGUAUUUAAACAACUCCACUUUUCAAAGAAAACGCAAUGAAAGACACCUUUACUACUACUACGACUACUUCGACCAACAACUCAAGCAUGGCCAUUCCAGCACACACCUUUGCUUCUUCAGACCUGAUAAGUCAGUCUUCUCUUGUACCCUCGUGCGACUAUAAGAAUGAAUGGGAUCAGAUCGACGCAUGGCUUCACGACCUAUAUCCAGUCAGCAUGCCGUCGUUUGAAAAAGACGAAUAUACGCUACACAACCUGCAACAACUGCAUAAAAAAACCGAGGAAGCCAGCAAUAUCAUGGAAAUGGUAUUAAACACGCAGCGACAAUUAAGUGACGACAACGCACGACAAGCCGCUCUGUGGCAAGAGAAACUCGAUGCACUCGAGGUAAGCCGAUCGUCCAUGUCGACGCAAGGAACACGUGCUCUGGAUGCAUUGGGACUUCUUGCAGUCCGCCUAGGGCUGGAUGAUACUUCGUUGAGCAGCUAUCACACAGCACUCGCUCAGCUGACGAUGGAGACGAUGGAUACUCGCUUAGAAGAAAAGGAGAUUGAAGAAACUGAGUAUGUUCUGCAGAGUCGGAUCCGAAACGCGGAAGGUGAAUUAGACAAGAUGAAAGGCAUUCUCUCCAGUGUGAAGCAACGUCGUCAGAGUAACAGUCAUGAGAAUGACCAAGCACUCGCAAUGCAGCAGCAAAACAAAGAAUCAAAGAAUGCGUAUGCAAGAAUGCAGAACGAGUUCGACAGCUUGGAAAUUGAUCAGCAUGAGCUCAGGCUAGAGUCUAUCAAGACAUUGGAACAUGACAUGGCUUCUUUAGAGGCAAUCUUGGCCGAAAAGAGCGGAAUGGUCGAUAGCUAUGGCAACCUACCUUCUGAUAUGGUACUGGCAUCGUUGAAGGUUCAAGACGCUCAAGUUCAACUCAACAGUCUCGGCCGGGAACGAGAACAGCUGCUCGCUGACAUGGCUGACAACAUGCAUUAGAACGAACAAGAAGCCACGUGCAUCAUAUCCAUUGCCAUCCUCUUGUCACAAACUCUUACCAUCACCGUACAUACAGCGCCGUUUAGAUCUCUACUAUACUUUUUUCUGCUUUUCCUGCUACCUGCUCCUCUCCCCCCCCCACCCCUUCCAUAUCAUCAUCUUCCACCAUCGAACUACAACCCAUUUAAACUUUUGCACACAGACACAUUAUACAUAUAUA